GAGGUGGCAAGGCGUGCAGCCAAAGCUCUGGCUUCCCUGUCGGGCACUGAGUACCAAGUGGGUCCCACCUGCACCACUGUCUGCCGGGCCUGCCGGCCUUUAGGUGCUGUGCUGUCCUGAGACCUGGCCAUGCCUGUAGGGGAGGAAAACGCCUGAAGCUCACCUGGAGGAAGAAUCAUGCCAGGUUCCCCCAGAGGAGGUGCGGGCCACGGGCUGUCCCCAGUGGACAGGCGAAUGCUCCUGGUCUGCAGCUUUGUCCUAGCAGCAGCUUUGGGCCAGAUGAAUUUCACAGGAGACCAGGUUCUUCGAGUCCUGGCUAAAAAUGAAAAGGAGCUUUCACUUCUCAGGGAUCUGGAGGGCCUGAAGCCCCAGAAGGUGGACUUCUGGCGUGGCCCAGCCAGGCCCAGUCUCCCUGUAGAUAUGCGGGUUCCUUUCUCUGAAUUGAGAGACAUCAAAGCUUACCUGGAGUCUCAUGGCCUUGCUUACAGCAUCAUGAUAAAAGACAUCCAGGUGCUGCUGGAUGAGGAGAGAGAGGCCAUGGCAAAAUCCCGCCGGCUGGAGCGCAGUGCCAGUAGCUUCAGUUACUCCUCUUACCACACCUUGGAGGAGAUAUAUACCUGGAUUGACAGUUUUGUAACUGAGCAUUCAAAUAUUGUCUCAAAAAUUCAGAUUGGCCACAGCUUUGAAAAUCGGUCCAUUCUUGUUCUGAAGUUCAGCACUGGAGGUUCUCAACGCCCGGCCAUCUGGAUUGACACUGGAAUCCACUCCCGGGAAUGGAUCACUCAUGCCACCGGCAUCUGGACUGCCAGGAAGAUUGUCAAUAAAUACGGCAAAGACCGCAUUGUGACAGAUGUACUGAACGCCAUGGACAUCUUCAUGGAGAUUGUGUCCAACCCUGAUGGGUUUGCUUUUACUCAUAGCAUGAACCGCUUAUGGCGAAAGAACAAGUCCAGCAGACCUGGAAUCUUCUGCAUUGGCGUGGAUCUUAACAGGAACUGGAAUUCGGGCUUUGGAGGAAAUGGUUCUAACGACAACCCCUGCUCAGAGACUUAUCAUGGGCCCUCCCCUCAGUCUGAGCCAGAAGUGGCUGCCGUUGUGAACUUUAUCACAUCCCACGGGAACAUCAAGGCUCUGAUCUCCAUCCACAGCUACUCUCAGAUGCUGAUGUAUCCUUAUGGCCACUCUCUGGAACCUGUUUCAAACCAGGAGGAGUUGUACAAUCUUGCCAAGGACGCAGUGCAGGCCCUGUAUGAGGUCCAUGGGAUCAAGUACAUUUAUGGCAGCAUCAGCACCACCCUCUAUGUAGCCAGUGGGGUCACUGUCGACUGGGCUUAUGACAGCGGCAUCAAGUACUCCUUCAGCUUUGAGCUCCGUGACACUGGGCACUAUGGCUUCCUGCUGCCGGCCACACAGAUCAUCCCCACAGCCCAGGAGACAUGGAUGGCCAUUCGGACCAUCAUGGAGCACACGCUGAAUCACCCCUACUGACGACACUGCCAAGGGUAGAGGGGGAGGGUUUGUUCUCUUACCAAGGCCUGGGGCUCCUCCUGAAACCCAAAGUAUGCACCUCCCCUACCCCUGCCUAGCUCCUUAGGAAAUAAAAACAAGUUUGAACCGGCUUGGCAGCCUCUGGUGUUGGCUGCCACCCCUUUGGAUCAGCAUUGAGGAGGGGACAGGAGUCUUAGAAAUGUCUCUUUACUCCCUAGAUAUUCAGGAGGAAGGGGGGGGGAAUAGCAGACCUUCCUUUUUCUCCUCUAACAAUGUUCUUGGGGUCCAGAACAGAUAAUACACCCCCUGGAGCUGCUAAUAUACACAUUGUCCCCUUGGUACUUACAUUUUAAGAUAACCCUGGAGGGGACAGUGUUUGAUCUGAAGGAAUGGAUCUUCAUCGUGGCGUUUCUGGCACCUUGAGCAAGAGGCAGCCUUCUCUGCUUCUUGCUUCAUUUCCCAUGUUGGGUAGGGGACAGGCACACAUUUCAGAGCCCCUCUCCCCCAUUAACAAAAGCAAAUAGGUUGCUAGUCUGUGACCUGUUCUUCCUGGGCAACUUACAGUCUCCCUUGGUCUCAGGAGCAGAUUUGCAGCCAAUCAGAGUAGCACAGCAAAGCACAUCCACCUCCAGAGAGAAAUCCUCUUUCUCCUCUUCCCCAUAGGCAUCAUGGUUGUCACACACUGAAAAUUUAGUCCAGGCAAGACCAUUUACCGAGGAAGCAUUUUAUCUCGGGGAGAGAUUCUGAGAUAUACAUGAGAUGCCUGUCCACUUCCUCAGGCUUCCUGUACCUCCUGCCUUCAUCAUUGUGGAGCAGGGAGAGUGAGGCUGUUUGCUCUGCCUUCAGGGGAAAAAGGCAGGUACUCCCAAGAAUAAGAGAUCAACUGGGGUCCUGAAUGGCUUUGUGUAAGUGUGAGGCAGAAACAAGAUUUUGAUUUGCAAAGGCUGGACUUUUGUUAUUGUUGCUAAAGGAAAGGAUGUGGGUACCCAUGAGUCAGCCCCUGCAGGACCCACAGUGAAGGGUUUUACUGUAAAUCACAGGGAAGAAAGCAAGGUGGGGCAGGGGAUAAGAACAAGUCCACUUUUUCACCCAACCUGCAAAAAAAGAUAGAGGCUGGACCAGUUAGUGGAAGGGGGCAGGUAUCAGUGGUGAUCAAAACUAUAAGUAUGGCCCAUGUCCAGUAUGGUGCCUGAGCUGCAGAUUAACAGUGGCUGAGUGAGGGCUCUGGACAGGUGACUAGAGGCAGCUUAUGGCUGGGUAUGCAUGAGUAAUGGAGCUAUUCAGAUCUCUGAGCAAAGGAAUGAGAAGAUUGGCAGGUGAGGAGGACUAGAGUAGAGGCACAAAGGCUGAACCCAGGGGCCAUACACCAGUGGCAUGAUGGCAUGGUGGGCAUCAGCUGGGCAUGCUUGUGCCCAGGACCAGCUCUGGGAGGCCGGAGAGGUCAGGGUAAUGGAUCCCCAAAGAACCUAGAUCAUCUCCAGGGAAAAAGUCUGCAAUAGAGAAAGAAAGAAUCCUGACUCAGGCUAGAGUUUCCCAAGAGAGACUGAGGUUGGUUGGUUUGUCUUAAUGCUAGAAAUGGUCCAGGUGAGCCAGAAUUUCCAAGCUGAGGUCAUGGGCUAAGUUAAUGUAGGCAAUAUAGGUAAAUAAAGGAAGUUAUACUUUUGUUCACUGGAGUCUGUGAUUAUAAUUUUUAUGCCGUUUGCACAAAUAUUUUUAUUUCAUCCUCAUGGGGAGAACAUUACUGGUAUAAUUAAGCUCUUUAAUAAGCUCAGAUAAGGAAAGCACAAUUUGGAGAGAUUUUAGAGGUCACAAAAGGCCACACAGAUUGAAAGGUGGGUUUGAACUCCAAAACCACCACAUCACCAUUUGUCCAAGUGUGGCCUCUGGCAGAAUCCAUCGGGAGGUGUUUAACAUAAAGAUAUUUGGGUCCCAUCCCCAGACUGAAACAAUCUCUAGGGUAGACCCAUAAAAUCUGCAUUUUUACCAUCUUUCCCACGAGUUCUGAGUUCCUUUAAAGGCUGAGAACCACUGAGCCCUGCUCUCCUGCCUCUCAGAAGUUCAUGUUCAAGUCUCCUAGGGAGAGUUGGGGCUCCCACCCUCUGUCACUGUCCAUUAGAGCUGAAGGUGGCUGCGACAGUGGGGGGCCAGUCAUCCUCCAAAUAUUCCCAAGGGGCUGAGUUGCCCCUAGCCUAAUGCAGUGUGGUCUGCAUCACACAGGCAUCAGCAUCCUGGGCCCUUAUUGGAAAAGCAAAUUCUCAGGCCUCACCAGCUGUACUGAAUCAGAAUCUCUGAGGAUGGGACUCAGGUGGUGCUAAUGCCUCGUCAGAGAAGCAUUGCCCUAGAGGCAAGAGUAUCUGGAUUGAUGGAUUUCCCAGUAACAGUGAAAAUAAUAAAUUCUUUUCUGGCACUUACUAUGUGCCCAGCAUGGUUCCAAGGAUUCAACACAUUGCCUCCUCGCAGCUCCAAGAAGUAGGACUACUACUGUCCUUAUUUUCAGGAAGCUCAGACUCAGAGAGGACAGUGGCUAAAAGGCACACAGCUACUGAGUGGCAGGCCUGAGACUGGCUUGCAGGUGAACCUGAAUCAUGCCCAGAGCCCUUCAGGACCAGGACUAGGAGCUUGUUCUCACAGCCACGCUGGCAAGAUCUCUGGGCAGCCAACAAACCCACAAAAGUUGGGGCUGAAACUUCUUCCCAGAUGGGGGUCUUCUUACAAGGUAACUUUUCCCUUAAAAUCCUUCAACGACUUAAAAUCCACCCAAGGUACCACAGCAAUGGCUGGCCCUUCCAGGCUCUGUGAGGGGGCCAGACUUCUCUCACCUUGUUUCAGUAUGCUUCGUUCAUCAGCCCCAACCUCACCCAACCUCACCAACCUUCAGUUCCUUCCCAGCUAGAGGCCUUGGCAUGUGCUGCUCCUUCAGUCUGGAGUAUUCUUUCCUUAAAAUUUUCCCUUCAAUAUCAUUUCUUCACCAUUACCUUCUAGGACCAACCACUGGAAGUAGAUUUCUUCCUUUUCCCAGGCCUUUUUUUAUUUCUUUGAUAACAGUGAUAAUUAAUUGACUUUAUAUGUUGUUGUCUCCACUGCUAGUUUGAGAGCCUGUGAGGGAAGCGAGCAUGUCUGGGUUAUUCACCCUCACUCAGUUCCUCUCAGGCACACAGUAGGUACCUGGAAUUUGUUAAAAGGGUUUUUGCUUCUCCUUGGCCUAGUACAAAUUAGGACUAGGUUUAGUCUACCCACCUUAUUGUGGCCUAACCAGAUCAAGGUUUUGUUUCUGUUACAUAGCAAGUUAUCUGAGGUGGGUGGUCCAGGGCUAGUUCAGUGACCCCUUGAUGCACUGGAAACCCAGACCCCUCUGGCCUGCCCUGUUUUGCCCCUCUGCUAUCAUUCUGAUCUCUAGUCUGUCACCAUCGUAUGAAUGAAUUCCAGGCAGGAAGUGCAAGAGGCCGAAAAAUAGAUGUGAGUCCGUGAGUUGGCCAUCUGUGGACUUAAACUUACAGCUUAUUGGCUGGGACUGUGUCAGAUGGCUGACCCAGCUGCCAAGGGAGGCUAGGAAAUUGCUUUAUAGCUGGGCACAUUGCUGCCCACCCCCCCCC